AUGAUAAGAUUAUGGCCUCCCCAACUCCAGCUUCUGGCGGAGAUUUGUCAGAACCGUUCGGUUGAGACUGAUUGUGACUGCAGCAGAUGGGCUGGAUUUGACAGCCCGGAUCCUAAGCAGCUUCUAAGUGGGUGGGGGGAGGGAGGGGAAGGGGGGGGGGGCGGGAAUCUACGGGCCGCGCAGCCCAGCCGGGCGCUCCCUGGCCGCUCUUGCACGCGCGCCUCCGGGAGGAAAGUGGCACCGCGGCCCCCAGGGGCUUCCUCGAACGCCGGCGAGCCGUUCCCGGUGCAGCGAGGGCACGGGGACCCGGAGACCCGGGCGCAGAGGGGGGCAGCGCAACCCAACAAAGCCCAGAAGCGCGGGGGAGCUCCGAGGAGCCAGCUGCCGCGCCACCGGCGGCGGAGCGCGUGGGGCCGGGGCCGCCGUCUUGCGCUCCGGCCACGGCAAGUUUGUCAAGUCCACGCUCUUCGGCCAGCGCCCCGUGGCCGCGGAACUCACAGCAGCGCUGCAGGGUCGGCCCCUGGCGGGGACGGCGCCCACCCCUCCAUCCCGGGCCCGCUGCAAAAUGGUCCACCGCAGGCCAGGGAGAAGCUGGCGGUGGCCCAACUGCAGCGAGAAGUUGCCCAAAGGAGAAGUGAGGGAACCAUGCAUGAGAAGCUGAUCCAUGAGUUGGAAGAAGAGCGACACUUGCGUCUUCAAAGUGAGCAGCGGCUGCAAGAGGUGACCUUGGAGUCUGAGCGCACCCGGAUUCAGAUGCAUGACCUGCAGCAGCAGUUUUCCAGGAUGGAAGAAACAGUACGGAAUCUCCUACAGCGUCAAGGCCCUCCAGAGCAGAAAAAAGAGGAAACUGUUAACAUACUGCUCUAUCAGGAGGAACUGUCAGAAGAAGAGAGAAAACACCAAGAAGCUCUAAACGACCUUCACGUGGUGGUCGACGAGGAUUUGAGGAGCGAAAGUAGCAGUACAGAGGAGGGCAAAGGGAAGACCAAAUUGCUGUUAGAACGAUUGAAAGCGCUGGAGGCGGAGAACUCCGCGUUGGCUCUGGAAAAUGAAAGCCAGAGGGAGCAGUAUGAGAGAUGUCUGGACGAGGUAGCCAACCAGGUUGUUCAAGCUCUGCUCACACAAAAGGAUCUGAGAGAGGAAUGUGUAAAGUUGAAAACCAGAGUGUUUGAUUUAGAAGAGCAGAAUCGAACAUUAAGCAGCUUGUUCCAGCAGCAAGUCAACCCAGCAUCUGAUGUCCUCCUCCAGGAAUGCCAGCUGAAUGCAAAAUCUGGAGCCCCCACCUUAAAAUGCCCCGGUUUGAGGGUUGCCAUCCCUCGUCAUCUCUGCUCUCCAAACAGCUGCAGCAGCAGCGAGCUGUCUCUGUCAAGCACCUGCAGCGAGUAUUCCAGUGGCUCCUCCUGCCCAUGGCAUGACGAGAAGACCCCCAGGAAAAGGCAAUCAUCACAAAACUGGGCUAAAAGGCUCUGUAUCGGCUCCUCACUCCCAAGUGGCAUGGCCAGCAUAGCAGACGAACUACCUCUGACGCGUGUCAAGGAAAGCCACAUUUUGGAGGGCCUCCGGAAGCUACAGAAGCGAAAUGUGUUCCUCGAACCCCCUUCCGUGAUAACCAAAUGGGGUUAUAAAGAUUGUAUGAACUCCAACGAAGGAAUAUAUUCCCCAGGAAUUAAGGGUAGCGGCCCCAGCGAGUGCCCCCCCUGCCAGCCAGCUGACACGGGGAGCCCCUGCACAGCAUGGCACAAGGCGUUUGUUGACGACACAGAUGCCCACGAUGACGCUGAUGAAGAAUCUUCGUCCUUGGCAGUGCUCCCAGCCCUUCCAAAUCAGGGCUGUAGGCUGCACGGUGGCACAUUGACCCAGAGUGUUUCUGACAGUCUCCUGGGCUGGGAGCUGAGAGGAAACCCCUUUUGGGAAGGCACUGCCUCCGUGUGUCCCCGGGAAAGGCCUGAGAAGUUGAGCAUCUGGGUAAGCAACUGUCCUUCAGAGGGAUGUGCCCCCAGGUUGGGCCCCAGGUUGCAGGUGCCUCCCUUCCGGAGGGUGAGAGACCAGCCUCAGCGGGGUUCCCUAGCUCUGAGCCCCCCGCUCUCGGACACCGACGACAAUGAGACCCUGGAUGAGUUGCACAUUGACAGCAGUGAUGAGCAAAGCCCUUCGGACUUGUCCGCCACUGCUGAGACCGACAAGUCCCUGGAGAACCCGGACCUCCCCCUUGGACUCGGAAAGUGUCCAUUUGCGUCUCCCGAUGAGAAGGCGAGACAAGGACCCGUCGACUUAGAGAACAGACCAAAGACAUUUCGUGCCAUGACACAGCAAACGGUUGUCAAAAGGACUUCUUCGGCAGAGUGCACGACUGUCAUCUUUGAUGCGGAAGAUGGCGAGCCCAUUGCGCUCGGCUCUCGCCAGGCCGGACUUGUCACGGUGACUGGAAAGGACAUGUCCAUCAGGCAGGUCUCUUCUGGACCCACCGCCGACCACACUGAAAUUUUACCUCAGGGAAUUGUCCUGCAGCCAGGACCGGAUGCAAGGGACUACGCUUUCUUGGAGAUAUCUGCAGAGGAAAUGGAGACAAACAUUCCGAAAGAUAAUACAGAUGCUGUCCCCCUGGACCUCCCAGCAUCUCUCAGCCCCAGGACAGUCACGCAGAAGAAUGCUCAACGACAAAAGUUGGCCAGACCAACAUACAAUAUGUCAUGGCAGAAUCAUUCCCGGUCUGCAGUGCCCACGGGUAUCCAGCAAAAGCAAAGUCUGACGAAACUACCUGCCAGGGGGACGUCUUCAUCUCAGCAAUCAGAAAGAAUGGAGCCGGAAGCCGCCACCAGGGUCCCCUCAUCUGACCCACUGACUCUUGAAAAAUCACCAGCCUGUGCUCCUGGGAGACUCCCACAGUUCCGGAAAACCGAGGGCUCAGCACAAGUCUUUGAUUUACGACCAGACUCAUACAUUCCCAAGCUCCUCACCCAGCUUCCUCACAGCUCAAAGAUGCCCAGCAGGAGGGACUGGUCUCAGUGGUCCAGGAGCCAGAUUCCGGGGUCACGGUUGCUGCCAAGGUCCCCCAUAGAGCCAAGUGACGACCGAGAGCCCCCCACGAGAGAUGCGCACUCUGACUCGGGGCCAGAUGCAGGAGCUAAGCCCCCACCAGCCCCUCCAGGCAGGUCAUUGUCACUACUGAUCAGACCCAGUUACGACCACCCGUCACCCCUUUCAUCUGCCACGUCUGAAACCAGGGUCCCCAAUAAAGCAUCUAAGAAGAUACUCAAACCCAAAGUAUUUCCCACUCCAGUCAUUGCUCCUCCUCAGGCUGUGACAGACAUUCAGGGGAAGAAACCUUCUAUGGCCUUCAAAAAGCCUGUCUUCACUAACCUUCUGCCUUCCACAGAAACCGGGAUUCGCACCAGAUGCCCCAGCCAUCCCCCCUGCAGCUCAUUUUCAGUGAGGGCACCUGGACCUCUAAAUCCCUCUCCAAAGAGAGGUGUCCCACGGACCUCUCCGCACCAAACUCUUGGGACCACACACAUGGACACAGGACUAGGGACUCCCAAGAAUUGUCCCUCAACCUGUGAGGCACUGGAAACCCUGUCCUCUAAGAGUGAACCUCCAGGAAGAAAGGGACAAUUGAACCCCAGUGUCCCCACAUCCCCCAAGUCUUCCUCUUUAGGGCAAAAUGAGUCACCAUCUUCUCAGGUUCCCAGUAUCCCAUCAUCAGCAUCAUCACCAUCACCGUCACCGUCACCAUCCUCCCACAAAAACAGUCAUCCCCGACACAGUCAUCCAAACCCUCAUGAAAAUGGACUGAACUCUGAGCUCCCAAUGGGACUCAGCGUUCUCCUAAACCCUCCCCAGUUGCUCAGGAAAAGCUCUCCGGUGUCAGGGAAACAGGAGAAAGACAGUCUAAAUGCAGCGUCUAAGAGCUCAGGGGCUGCGAGUAAGGCGAGGCAAGAUGGACAGAGCCCAAGGAGUAGGGUGGCCGCCGAGGAGGAAACAAGCAAGGUGGAUCUGGGUCCACAAUCAAAAGACAACUUCGCGGCUGGGCUUUCCCUGGAAACGGUCCUACCAGCCUCACUGGAGAACUGCCUCCCUGGGGCUGAUGGGAGGAACAGAAUGGGCAACAAAUUGGUGAAAAGAUCCCUGUCUUCCAGCAAGCCACACCUGAAACCAGCUCUGGGCAUGAACGGAGCCAAAGCCCGCAGCCAGAGUUUCAGCACCCACUCAGGAGACAAGCCUUCCCCCGCCCCCAUGGAAGGGUCCAGCAAAGUCCGAACUCAGAUAAUCACCAAUACUGCCGAGAGAGGCAGCUCCCUCACCCGGCAGAACUCCUUCAUGGAAGGCCUGCCCAGCAAGCCCCCUGUGGCACCAGGUCCCGAGAGUCUUCCCAAUGCUGGGCGGCCCCUGGGGUCCCCCUCCUAUAGGCAGGGGUCUCUGGGGAGCCCUGGAAGCUCCAGCAGCCAGCAGGGUGGUCCAAGAAAGUUGCCUUUGAGGAUUCUUCCAGAACCCGAAGGGCAUCUCAACCCACCUGGGAUGGAAGACCAGCGGACGGACACCCAGGGAGAAUGUCCCGGAGGGAUUGUGCCGGCAGGAGCGGGUAGCAACCACUGCAGGUGCCCGUCUACCCCAACAGACUGCCCUCAUGUCCUGCCAAGCCCAGAGAGGUUGCAGUGCCCCAGUGGGUUUGAAACAAACAGGAUACCCCAUCUAGAGACGUCUGGAAGGCAUCCAGAGGCCUCUACCACCAGGCCUGAUGUUGUGAGCCCAGAAGCUCCCCUCUCACCCACCAUUGAAGAAAAGGUCAUGCUGUGCAUACAGGAGAAUGUGGAAAAGGGCCAAGGGCGAACACGGCCCACGUCUGUGGAAGCCAAGCAGAAGCCGGGGCCUUCUUUUGCCAGCUGGUUUGGGUUUCGGAGAAGUAGGCUUCCAGCCCUGAGUAGCAGGAAAGUGGAGGCCCCUAAACCCAACGUGGGAAGGAAAGACGCGAAAGGCUUGGGGUUGGGAAGCAAACAGCUCAGAUCGGAGAGGAAAAAGGAAAGGAAGAAACCCGAACUGCAGGGUGAGAUCGAACACGGGCUCAACGGGGCCACCGAGGCAGCGGAUGGCCUGGGCGUUAGUUUACCAAGGCACCACAGCCUGAAGACCCCACAAGACACGUACCACCCAGUCACGUGUGAACUGAGACAUGGACCCGGGACGUGUCCGCCCAAAGAUGCCUUCAUGACGGAACUUUUGAACAGAGUUGACCAGAAAGCCAUUCAUUCAGCAGGAAGUGGAUCAAACAAUGUUUCCUUCAGGACUGAGUUACAGGGCAGUUCCCAGGGCGCCUGUCUUCUUAGCAGCAACACCAGCUCUCGCGGAAACCAUAAGAAAAACAUGAAAGCCAAAGGCGAUGUGGAAACACCGGAAGACUCCCUGGGAAAAGAAGCCAGCGGAAACCCGCAAGAGGAGGAAGAGACCACAGUGGAAGAAGCCACAUUAGAAGAGUCCACACGUCAGAGCCACGUCAUAGAAUCGAACUGCCAGAUGCGAACUCUAGACAGUGGGAUUGGAACCUUCCCGCUGCCAGACUCAGGGACACGCUCGACAGGACGGUACAUGUGCCAACCAGACACCCUGGAGGACACUGAGCCCACCCUGUCGCUCCAGCCUGCCCUCUCCACAGCUUCUCCCACCAGAGCCCGGACCCCUGACCGAGAAGUGCCUUCCUCCGCAGACUGCCACGGUCCCGCGGAUAAUAACGCCAUUGUUCCUUCUGCAUCAGACCCCGUCGUGGCCACCAAAGGGGCCCGGCCUCUUCACAGUCGCCUCCCCAAACCAGCCUCUUCAGGAAAACUCCCUUCCCACAAGCAGCGCGAAACCGAGCGAAGGCCUCAAACGUGCCCAUCGUUCGAAUAUGCCGAAACCGCAGUGGCAAGUGAGCCAGACUGGGCGGGCCAAGCUGCUGCUGCUGCUGCUGCUGACAAGGUACCCCAAAAGUGUGCCUACUCUGCCAGCCGCGGCAGUGGUAGUGACAGUGACCCCAACUUUGGAAAGAAUGGUUUUGGAGCGGGAAGGGCCAAGUUGGUAAAAACCAUGAAGAACGCCACCCAAGAAAUUGAAACAAGUUGAAGAAAUAAAAGAAGAUCCUGAGAAUAGAUUACCUAAAAUUUCCCUGGAGUCAUUCAAUACAUUUAACAGCAAUAUCAUGAUUUUAUUAGAAAAAGAGAAGAACUCUCUGAACAAGGCUGAAGGAAAAGAGAAAGAAAAAUGAAGAGGCGUAGCUCAGACAGGCCUGGGAUAGACAAUAUGGAAUCUGAGUGAUUCUUUAUAUGUAAUAGCGUCUCUUCUUGUGCAAGUCAGGGUUCACAUGAUAUAUAAAGGCCUUCCUUCUCCACCACCCGCAGCUUAGUGAGCUGGGGAUGGAGCACUUGAGAAACGUAAGGGGAAGGACAACGAUGAACGAUUACAACACCAGAGCCAACACUGUCACGUUCACAACCAGCAAGCGUGGAGCUUACGUCUCUGAUGCAGUGAUAAAAAACGGACUACACUUUGUCGUGUUUCCUGAGAAUUCAGAGGAAACGCACAACACAGAAGUCUUAAUUUUGCACUUUUCUUUGAAUACUUGUACAGAAGCUGUAAAUUUCUUUGGAAAGGAAUUAUAUUUGUAGCAAAAAAAUUUUUUAAUGACAGCAAUAAAUUGAUUCAGUGCUAUGCUCUUGAAAGAUGUACUAAGUUGUAGAAGUUGAUGAUAAUAUAUUUUUUAAUUUUUCCAGCUGAAGUUCCCGUUAAGUCCAUUGUUUGUGGGUAACCCCGCAUCGGGCCUGCUGAAAAGGGAGAGGGAUCAUUGUCAUUUCCAUCUCACAAUCUAAAUUUGACACCAAUUCUAACUCUCAUGCAAUUUCAAAAUUCCUGCCAGAGAUUCAGGCUCUAGCAAUAAGCAUCAUUCUGCUUCUCCUGAAACAGAUGAAGAGGGGUGCUGGGUAUUGAUUGGGGGAGGCCGGGUGUCAGAAGUGGUCUAUUUCCAAGAGCAGCGCUUCUUCCAAGCAUGUCCUUACAUCUUCUCCCACUUUGUGCUUCUCUGUGAUUUUGUAAACAUCGUUGAUUUUUAUCUUCCUGAUUGUUUUACUAAAAUCUUAAGGAGUCUAGAAAGUAGAUUCCUCCUUGCAAUCCUCACUUAAAAAAAAUAACACGAAUGGUCGGUGCUACAAAAGAGAUUACUUUUAAUAUCCUUUUUUCUACAAAGAAUGUUUAUAUGUAAGGAUAAAUUCUAUUUCAAAGGUUAGGUGUAUUUUUUCGAGAUGUGGACUAUUUAUAAUUGCUUUUGUACAGGAGCUUGUAAAUUAGAAUAGAGAUAUUUUUUAGGAUCUAUAUGGUUCCUUUGGCACACGUCUGUUUCCUUACAGAGUAUCAUACCAGGGCGAUCAGUGUUACUUGGUUAAUUUGUACAACUUGUUGUAUUUGAAUUGUUAUCUGAAACGAAAAUGAUGUAAAGUUCAGUGUCCUUCACACAA